CUCUGCUAACAUUUUGUUCCCUUGUCCAGAACAGGGGUGUGCAUUCUAUUGCUUGCUUCCUCUUCACCCCUCCCCCAAAGCAGCUAGCCAGCCUGGUUUCCCAAACACCCAUCAGUCAUCACUUCCCCACCAUGAAUCUGAUGCCCCAAGAAGCCAUUGCUCUCAAUCCCUCCUAACUGACCUGCACAUCUCCACGAGCGAUGGCAGGAGGCCGAGAUGGGUUCUUGGGGGUGGCGAGGGCGUCGCCGCCGCCGCUUCCCUCAUGCUCGUUUCUUGGAUCCACCGCAAGCUCUGAUGGGCCGCCGAUGCUGAGCUUCUCCUCCAAUGGCGCAGCAGGGUUGGGUCUGAGCUCGGGAGCCAACAACAUGCAGGGGGUUUUGGCGAGGGUGAGGGGGCCGUUCACUCCAACACAGUGGAUGGAGCUGGAGCACCAGGCCCUGAUCUACAAGCACUUUUCUGUGAACGCUCCUGUGCCGUCCAGCUUGCUCCUCCCCAUCAGAAGAAGCCUCCAUCCAUGGAGUACCUUUGGCUCUAGCUCCUGUUGGCCACCAUUUCGUUCUGGCUGCACUGAUGCAGAACCAGGAAGAUGCCGUCGCACAGAUGGCAAGAAGUGGCGGUGCUCAAGAAAUGCUGUUGGGGACCAAAAGUACUGCGAGCGACACAUAAAACGUGGUUGCCAUCGUUCAAGAAAGCAUGUGGAAGGCCGAAAGGCGACACCCAUCAUUGCAGAACCAGCCAUUGCCGUUUCUGGUGGUUCAUCAUCGCACAGGCAUGCUGUGGCCUGGCAGCAGCAGAUGAAAAGCUCAGCUGCUAAUGUGACUGGUUCUUUCUCAAGAGAGUCCAACAGGAAGUUGCUGGACAAACAGAAUAUACAUGACCAAAUAUCAGUAUCCACUUCCAUGGAUUCCUUUGACUUCGUAUCCUCACGUUCUUCCCCAAACCGUGACAAAGUAGCAUUGUCACCAGUGGAGUUGCAGCAUGAUCAUGAUCUGGCAUACAUUGUGCAUAGAGCAGGCAGUUCAGCAGAAAAAGGUAAUGAGUCGCAGGAAAGUCGGUUACUAGUUUCUAGGGAAACAAUUGACGAUGGACCUCUAGGUGAGGUUUUCAAAAGCAAGAGAUGCCAAUCAGCAUCUGCAGACAUCUUAAAUGACCAAUGGAGCAAGUUGCAUUCUCCAACUGGAAUCCUACAAAUGACUAGUAAGUUCAGUUCAGCGUCCAGCAGCAACACAGCCAGUAGAGGAUCACACAAUGGCUAUGUCACGGCGAGAAUGGUGAAUUCUCACACUGUCCAGGCUGGUGUUGUUGUAACCACAAAUAACUGAAUCUACGUUCAUGGCACGAGUUUGCUCGUAUAAGGUUUCACGUCGAAGUCUUGAAACUCUUGUUUUAUUCAUUGUUCAAGUUCUGAGGUUGGUGUACUAUUUAUUAUUUGUUUCCUUCCGCCCUGUAAGGAAUUUGAAUUCCAAUCUGAGAUUGAGUAUUUGCG